ACAAUGCACGCAAACCAAUAAGAUCAAGAGAGAAAAAACGAUGCGGCCAACCAGGCAACCUUUUAGGGUUGCAAUGCUUCAUUUUAAUCAAAUAAUUCAGAAAUCAAACGUGAUAGUAGCUGUAGCAUUAAUCGUCGAUUUAACAAAAGCCACAAAACCCUUCGAUAAACCGAGAACUACAUUUCCCAUAAUUCCUUGUCUCCAAAAUGCAGAUAAAUAAUAUUAAAUCCUUCCUCCCGCAACUCACAUUAAAAAUAAAUCAAUAAACAAAUCGCUUUCUAUUCGGUUGUAUCGUAAUCACUGUAUGAUUCAUGUUAGUAGCGGGAUUCUGAAAUCACGUCGCUCUUCUGGGGUGAAAGGAUAGAGGUUGGCGGGAGAUAGAAACAGCUGGAGAUGCGCUGUUGUUGUAACAGGGAAGUUGGUAUUUGGUCAACUGAUUAAACUCGGACAUCGGGAGCAAAAAAAAAUCAACAAAAAUACAGUACGUUGUGUAACAUACGUGUUGAGUUUUAAGCGUGAAUCUAGCGAAGCGACCAUUGUGAGCUAAAGUUUUUUUUUUCUUUUUGCAGUAACUACACAUGUGGAAAUGUAAAUACAAAAUGUAUUUAUUUAAUUUGUAAACGUGGGUUUUUAAAUACGAAUGUUGUUGUAAUUACUAGUGAUGUAUGCAAAUAUUGUUGUUAAAAAAAAAGAAAAAGAAAUCAGAGACACUAUUAUGAGGAACAACGAAGGUGUUUUUCGGUAACUUGUAGUUCAUAAGAAAAAAUAAAUUAUGGCUCCAGUGAAGAUUAAACACGUGGUAUCCUUCAGCUCCCAGGACCCCAAGCACAGUGUGGACGCUCUGCUGGCCAAGGAGGCUGUGAGGCCCUGGCUUUGCGCCCCCAAAGAUCACAGUGGUUUAAUGAAGGUUGAGCUACAGCUGGAAAGGGCCACUGCUAUUGGUUACAUUGACAUAGGAAACUGUGGGUCUGCAUUCAUCCAGAUUGAUGUGGGGCGCUCCUCGUGGCCUCAGGAUCAGCCGUACAUGACUCUGCUGCCCACUGUCACGCUGAUGAGCCCUACAGAGUCCAGACAGGGCACCAACCGCACCGGGGUGCGCAUGUUCAAGGAAGGUGAUUUCCUUUCUCAAGGGGAUGGCGAGCUCUGGGACCGGGUUCGAGUGACCUGCAGUCAGCCUUUCAACAAACAUGUUCAGUUCGGCUUGUCCUUCCUCCAGAUCCGAACUCCCCUGGACCACAACGAGAACGAGGUGCUGUCUGACGGCACAGAGAUGCAGAUGUCACCAGGCCAGCUGGGAGCAAGCCAGACAAGAGAGUGGCUUUCCAGCCCAACUAUGCAGAGUACCUUC